AUGUUGGAAAUUGAGUUCUACAAGACAAUCCACUUGAUCCAGUAUAUCGACGAGUUGUUCGAAAUGGCCGAGGAGAAAAUGCUUGCAAUCAUAUCUGUCUCGGACAAGACAGGACUGAUCCCACUUGCCGAAGGACUCGUAUCCGCUGGUCUGACUCUUGUUGCUUCUGGAGGGACUGCCAAAACAAUCCGUGAUAAUGGAAUUGAUGUUCAUGACGUGGCAGAUAUCACAAAGUUUCCAGAAAUGCUUGGUGGAAGAGUGAAGACACUUCAUCCGGCAGUUCAUGGAGGAAUUUUGGCGAGAGAUUCGGAAAGUGAUCGAAAGGAUUUGGAGAAACACAACAUUUCAUUCGUUUCCGUCGUCGUCUGCAAUCUUUAUCCAUUCAAAAAAACAGUUCAAUCAUCAAAUUGUUCACUCGAAGAAGCCGUUGAGAACAUUGACAUUGGAGGAGUCACUCUUCUUCGUGCCGCUGCGAAGAAUCACAAACGUGUCAGUGUGAUCUGCGAUCCUGCUGACUACGAUCAUAUAAUUUCGGAGUUGAAAUCGGGAGGAACAAGCCGUGAACGUCGUCAACUUCUUGCCUUGAAGGUUAGUGAUUUCAGAGGGAAAUUAAUGAAGAUGUCACUCGAAAAUCUCUCUUUCCUUCUUCUUCUUCUUCUCUACUCUCAAAUUCCAAAACGAUGA